AUGUCUUCCUCGCCCAGGUCGCAGGAGACCGCCGAUCCUGCCACGGCCUCCCACUCUGUGCCGCAGCAGCCCGAAGCUCAACAGGAUUUCGACGACAAUGCAUCGGUUUCCGUUGUGGAUGAUGAUGACCCCUUCUCGGAUUAUGCAGAGGAUUUCGCCAGUGAUACCACUUCUAUUAAUUCGAUGAUUACGUCCUAUCGCUUCGAAAAUGGGCGACGGUACCAUGCCUACAAGGACGGUGCUUACUGGGGCCCGAAUGAUGAAAAGCAGAAUGAACAACUGGAUAUUGCCCAUCAUAUGUUCACCAUGCUUCUCGACAAUAAAUUGUUGCUCGCACCGAUAAACAGAAACAUCCAGAGAGCGCUCGAUGUGGGUACCGGCACCGGGAUUUGGGCAAUAGACUUCGCCGAUGAGUUUCCAUCCGCCCAGGUUAUCGGCACCGACUUGUCCCCUAUCCAGCCCGGCUUCGUCCCGCCCAAUCUACGGUUCGAGAUUGACGACGCGUCCGAGCCGUGGAUAUACCCGGAGAAUCACUUUGAUCUGAUUCACGUACGGUCUUUGUACGGAGCGAUCUCGGACUGGCCCGGGUUCUAUCGCACUGCUUUGAAACAUUUACAACCUGGCGGGUGGUUUGACCAGCUGGAAAUGUCCAUUCAGUUUACCUCCGACGACGGCACCGUGACCGACGAUCACGUCCUGGCGGUCUGGUCCAAGAUUUUCAUCGAUGCCGGGGAACAAUUCGGAAAGACAUUUCGUAUUGCCGAUCUGGCCCGGGGUUACAUGCAAGACGUUGGCUUUCAGAACGUGACGGAACGACGAUUCAAGCUGCCGAUCGGGCCUUGGAGUCCGGAUAAGAAGCUCAGGAAAUUGGGCCGAUGGAAUCAAAUCCAUUGCGAGCAGGGGAUUGAAGGAUGGGCUAUGGCAUUACUAACGCGGGUGAUGGGCUGGUCCUACUCGGAGGUGCAGGUCUUUUUGGCGCAAAUGCGCAAAGGCCUCCGAGACCCCGACACUCAUUCUUAUUUCCAAGUAGUCGGGGUGUACGGCCAAAAGCCCAUCGGAGAUUUUUGA